GGCGGUGGCGGCGGCGGCUGCUAGAGCAGCCCGGGAGGAUGGCGGCGGCGUCGUGGACGCGGCGGAGAUGAGCGCCCGUGGCCCCAGGCCCAGGGCGGCGCGGCCGGAGUGGGCGGGGGUCCCGAUGCAGGCCCGAGGGGGGCCAUGGGGCAGGUCCUGCCGGUCUUCGCCCACUGCAAAGAAGCUCCAUCUACAGCCUCUUCUACCCCCGAUUCCACGGAAGGAGGGAAUGACGACUCAGAUUUUCGGGAGCUGCACACAGCCCGGGAAUUCUCAGAGGAUGAAGAGGAGGAGACCACAUCGCAGGACUGGGGCACCCCCAGGGAGCUGACCUUUUCCUACAUUGCCUUCGACGGCGUUGUGGGCUCAGGGGGCCGUAGGGACUCAGUUGUUCGUCGUCCCCGGCCCCAGGGACGUUCAGUCUCAGAACCACGGGACCCACCCCAACAGCCCGGCCUGGGUGACAGCUUGGAAAGCAUCCCUAGCCUGAGCCAGUCCCCAGAGCCAGGGCGCCGCGGUGACCCUGACCCCGUGCCUCCAGCUGAGCGCCCGCUGGAGGAACUGAGGCUGCGGCUGGACCAGCUUGGCUGGGUUGUCCGGAGUGCGGGAUCUGGGGAGGAUUCGGCCACCAGCAGCUCCACCCCGCUGGAAAAUGAGGAGCCUGAUGGAUUGGAGGCCAGCGAGGCUGGAGAAGAGACGAAUCUGGAACUCCGACUUGCUCAGUCUCUACAUUUGCAACUUGAGGUCCUGACUCCUCAACUUAGCCCUAGCUCCGGAACCCCCCAGGCGCAUACUCCAUCCCCACAAAGAUCCCAAGAUUCGAACUCCGGUCCUGAUGAUGAGCCUCUGCUGAAUGAGGUAGAAGAGCAUUGGCGGCUGCUGGAGCAGGAGCCAAUCACGGCCCAGUGCCUCGAUAGCACAGACCAAUCAGAAUUCAUGUUGGAGCCGCUCCUUCUAGGUAAGCAGUUUCCCCCAGCCCAGACCCUGCUUCUAUUGGCUCUAUAUAAGACAGUCCCAAAUUGGGAAUUGUCCCCACCUCUCUGGCCAGCCAUUGGUUGGGUUGCAAAGGGGCCCUUUCCCUCUGCUCUUUCCCUCGGGUCCCUCUCAAGUGGGCAAAAUCCCCAGGAGCCGGGCGUCUGCAACCGCUCUCUUGGAGCCAAGAUGGGGAGUAAAGUGGCAGACCUGUUGUACUGGAAGGACACCAGGACGUCCGGAGCCGUCUUCACGGGCCUCAUGGCCUCUCUCCUCUGCCUCCUGCACUUUAGCAUCGUGUCCGUGGCUGCGCACCUGGCCCUGUUGGGUCUCUGCGCCACCAUCUCUCUCAGGGUUUACCGCAAAGUGCUGCAGGCCGUGCACCGGGGCGACGGCACCAACCCUUUCCAGGCCUACCUGGACAUGGACCUGACCCUGACUCGGGAGCAGACAGAACGUUUGUCCCAGCAGAUCGCCUCCCACGUGGUCUCCACAGCCACACAGCUACGGCAUUUCUUCCUAGUAGAAGACCUGGUGGAUUCUCUCAAGCUGGCUCUUCUCUUCUACAUCUUGACCUUUGUGGGAGCCAUCUUCAACGGCUUGACUCUUGUCAUCUUAGGAGUGGUUGCUUUGUUUACCGUCCCCCUUCUGUACAGACAACAUCAGGCCCAGAUUGACCAGUAUGUGGGGUUGGUGACAAAUCAGUUGAGCCACAUCAAAGCUAAGAUCCGAGCUAAGAUCCCGGGGACCGGAACCCUUGCCCCAACAGCAUCAGUCUCCGGAUCCAAAGCCAAAGCCGAAUGAGAGGGGUGUCUUUGCCCGAGGGACGCCUGUCCACACCCCAGCAGCCCUCUUCCCUUCCAUUUCCCGUGCAUCCACACCCUCUCCCACUCGGCCGAGCCAUUUCCCAGUGGGAAGUGCCUGAGCGACCCGGACUACAUUUCCUAAGAGGCUCUGCUCUAAGAGUCCAGGAAAAGGCCGCGGAGCCUGCUGGGACUUGUAGUUGAAUAGUCAGGACGCUGCCCUGCACUUCCGUGACCCGCCGCUAGAGGCGCCGUGAGGGGUUGGUGCCUCUGAAGCCACCAACCCCUAUGCUGGGGCUUUGCAUGGGGCCCAGGCGAGCCUUGAGCUUGGAUUCACACUGUAAUAAAGACUCCUGUGGAAAAUUC